AGGAACUGGUCAGGGACUCAGCCCGGGAAAGAGGCACACCAGGAUUGGAAGAAGGCAGAGGCAGGCAGGCGGACUCUCCUGGGACCCGGCCAUCUCUACACAUGAACUUCGGAGUGUGUCCUCCAGAUCGCUGCAAUCAAGGGUGCUCCAAACUGUUUUUCAGAAAAGGGCAAAAUCUCUUUCAGUAUGAGCUGUGAAAAGACAAAGCGUCUUCCAACCCGGAUAGUGACUACCACCUUAGUGAUAAAGCAACACACUGUGAGGAAGGACAGGGGAACUGAGGGAAAUUAUCUCCAAAAUGGACCCCCUGUAUCACAGAUUACUGAAGAAACUGAAUAUAUAAAACAGAUUAGAUCCACUCUUGCAAAAGUUCAGCCUCUCCUGUGUAAAAAUGAAUCUCGACAUGGAGUUGCAAAUCACAAGCAGGAUUCAAAGCCACAUUUCGAAGAACCUGGAUUGGAACCUGAUGAAAAGUCCCUGUCCUUCAGCUACAAGGAGACAUUGGACAAGACGAAAAAAACAGAAGAAGAACUUUCACGGGUGAACAAAGAAAACGAACUGCUAAAAAUCAAGCUGGAAGCUUCAAGGGCAGCUGGUGCAGAAUCUGUGAAAUAUGGAGCCCAGCAACUCCAUGAAGAUUACAAAAAGCGCUCUGAAGACCUCAAGAAAAGGCAAGAAGGAACCAUACACAUAAUGAAGGCCCGCAAGCUGGAGCAAGAACAAAAAUUAAAGCAAAGCACAGACAAUCUUAGCCAGUUGAAUGUUCAGUUACAAGAAAAGCAAAGCCAGAUUGAAGAACUGGAGAAACGAAUACAAAGGAUGGAAGAGGAGAAGAAACAGUUAAAUGAAAAGAAAGGAGUUUUGAAAGAGAAGCUGCACCAGAUGAUGUCAAAUGCUGAAAAUACUAAAAGCUGUGCAGGCGUUCAGACAGAAAUGUCCACACUUCAGGAACAAAUUAGCCACUUGGACAACCUGAUCCAUUCUCAGCACCGACACUUACAUAGUGUGAUUCAACAGAUGGAAGAACUGAAUAAUGAAUUAACGCUCCAAGAUGAAAAAAUAGAAAGCCUGAAAGAAAAGAUUGAGACACUCCAAGCAAAGAACAAAGAACUGAAAUACAAGGUGGAAUUCUACUCUAGUCAGUCUAAACCAAAAGUCUCUAAAGCUGUUUCAGUAAAGUUGGAUACAGGUUUACCAUAUACCACGAUUUCCAGAUUACGCAGAUGAAGGAUCCCUAGGAAACAUGGACCUUUCCCCAGAUCAUUCUUCUAUUGUCUUACAUUCAAGGAUAACCCUUCUGUGCAAUUUUGUUUGAAAUAUGCCGUACAGGAAAUCUCAUAACAUUCUUGAGCGUCUGGACUCACUGGAGCAAAGAUGGAAUCCCAGGAUUUUCAAGCAAUAGAGCAAAUGUCCUGAUGUGAAAGACAGAUUGUUUACUUUUAAUUUAUUUAUAAAGACUCAAUGGUAGAGUUGUGCAUAUUCCUAUCAAUGCAGUGCCAUCAGCACUGAUUCAUCUACAUUGAAGAGAUUUCAUCAAGCCAGGUCUGUGUGUGAUGAACAGCACCUUCAUCUAUGCUGGAGAACAUAUGGAGAGUUAACGAGGCUGAAUCUGAGCCCAGAAAGUUAUGUCAGAUAUAAUGAUGCAAAAGAGGAGAAAAAUAACUGUGGAGGACUGAUCCACCCACAGCAAACUUAAGCCAAGGUUUGUAAUGGCAAACUCCCCCAAAUUGCCUAUUUCAGGGAUGACUUGGAUGAUAUUAUUUCUGUGCCAUGGUAUCGUUUCCCUUUUUAGGGUAUCCUGAGAAUUGCACUGUGGGAUAAAAAUGAACCAUAUUCCAUUGGCACUAUGUUGUCUGCCAAUAUAUUGACAUAAGUUGCCACCUAGUUGCCUGUGUGGUUAAAGGAUGUGGACGUACAGUGAGAGGAUGUCUGCAAAGACUUAUCUGUCUCAGGACAGAAAGCCACCCUACGGAGUUGUGAGCUGCUCAAAAUCAAACACAGCAGUUUGUUUUGAUAACAGGGAUUGCUUUCUCUGCCAUCCAUCUCCUUGGCACCACUUUCAGCCACUGCCAAAAGUAGUUUAUCCCACCGUUAUGCAGUGUAGGGCACCA